AUGACCCAGGGCCCCGGGCACAGAGCCCCCGGGUCAGGGUCAGGGCCCACACAGGACCGGCUGCAGGGCCGGACGCCCCACAGGCCUGGCCCCGCCCCCGCGCUCCUCUCUGUGGAGGCCACACCCCCUGAGUGGGGCCCUGGCAGCCGUGGGUCUGCACAGGCCUUCCUGAGGCCCAGUGCAACGCCCUGGUCCCUCCUCACAGAUUUCUGCGGCCCUGUCAGGGCCCAAGGGGUGUCCCAGCCUCACACAAGCCGGCUGCUGCCGCUCGCUCGGUCCGCGCCCACCGUCCGCUGCCGUUCCGGCAGCCGCCCGCGCGGGGGCGAUGGCGAGGCGGGGGCUCGGGGCUUGCGUGCCGGUGGGCGUGCCCGCUCGCCAGCUGGCCCCUCCCGCCGCCGCCCUCCCCGCGCCCGCGACCCCGCUGUCUGCGCACAGCCCCGGCCCUCGGCGGCGGGCGCGGCGGGGUCGGGGGCCAGGCGGGCGCGCAGCGGCGCCGCGCACCGGAAAUCUCUGAAUGUUAAAUAG